AUGCCUCGAAAGCUCAGGGCAGCUGCCCAAGCAGCGGCAAAAUCAAUGAAAAAUGUCCCUACACUUCCGGACGUCUCCGACGAGGAGAUGAUUGAUGUGCCACCGUCUGAACCUUCCUCCCCUGCGGUGGAAGACCACGACUCGCCCGAUGAUGACCCAGACGUCGAACCAGAGGCCGAUCCCGAGGCCGAAGUCGAAGCCGAGAACGCGCCUGAGGAGGGGCAAGCAGAGACUCCAGGCGAACCCAAACCCGAAGACGAAGCGAGCGCCGCGACACCCGCAGCAGAUGAAAGCACUGUACUUGAAGGAGAUACGCCCAACGUUAACCCCGGCCGUCCAUCCCUUCUCCCGCGCAAACGUCGCAUCGGUCGUCCUCCAAAGAAUCGCCCACCAGACUGGGAUGCGCCGGAUGGUUCGCAAACCCCGAUUCGAGUAACUACCCCAGUAAAGCGGCGACGAGGUCGACCUGCUGCAAGUGGCGGACGCUGGGCGCGCAAUCGUGGCCCAUCCCACCUUACACAGGUGCCAGUGGACAAGGAAGGAAACAUGAUGGAUGUGAUCGGCGAUGAAGUUCAACUUCCUCCGAAUCCUCAGGGUGACGCCAAGGUUGAUGAAAACGGUCGUCUGAAGGGGGGCCGCGAGUACCGAGUCCGCACCUUCACGAUUCUCAACCGCGAUGACCGCUUGUACAUGCUGUCAACGGAGCCGGCGCGAUGCAUUGGUUUCCGUGACUCGUAUCUCUUCUUCCAAAAACACAAGAUGCUCUACAAGAUCAUCAUCGAUGACGAUGCGAAGCGUGAUCUGAUCGAGCGAGAUCUGAUCCCGCACUCCUACAAGGGCCGAGCCAUCGGUGUGGUCACUGCGCGCUCUGUGUUCCGUGAGUUUGGAGCAAAGAUUAUCGUUGGAGGCAGGAAGAUUGUCGAUGACUACGACGAGGCGGCUGCUCGCGAGCGCGGUGACGUCGAGGGUGAACUUGCUGUGCCAGAGGACAAACUACCAGGCCCGGGAGAAGAAUACAACCGUAACCAGUAUGUGGCAUGGCACGGCGCGAGUAGUGUCUACCACACGAAUGCGCCGUCGGUGCCAAUGCCUGGCGGCAAGCCAGUGGACCCUAAAAAACGGCGCGUGCCGGUAACGGAUGAUAACUGGAUGCUCGAACACGCUCGUGCGGCUAGCUCUUUCAAUUCCAAGCUUGCCCAACUGCGCCGUUCCACCAUGGGAGGCACCUACGACGUGCACACCAACGCGAUGCAUUACCCUCAAAUCAUGCAACCGACCCAUUGUCGCUGGGAGCGUGUCCCGCCCGCCGACCUGAUGACAGACAUGUCCUCUCUGAGCCUCUCAAACAAAGAGUCCAGCACGAAUGUCAACACCACCGAACCAGCAACACCGGGCGACCAGGUCUACGAACGAUCCUCAAACAUCUUCCCACCCGUGCCCUCCCACAUCGCCGAUCGCUACGUGAUCCAAGAUAUCGUCUACGACCCGCCACCCUACUCAAACAUGGGACUCCCAGGCCCAGACGGCGAUCUGCGCAACCUGCACCCCAAUGGUCUGGCCAGCAUCGCCAACCCGACCCACCCGGAGUUCAUGUCCCCGGAGAUCAUCGCUCUACUUCCAGACGACGCCAAGGAGGCUCUCAUCGAGUCAGCCGCGCGCGAGGUGGAGUGGAAAUCCAAGUGGUCAACCGAAACUAAGGACGGCGCGCGCUCGCGGCCGCUCAAGAGCUAUGCGUGGGCUCCGUGA